GGCAAAAGCAAGGUACAAACAAAAACAUGUGGGUGUAGCAUUGAACUAACGGGUGCGUAUUAGGUUUCUUUUGAAAUAUUAAUGAGCUUACGAGCGGGCUAUGAGUUCGGGAAUGUUUGUAAAUCGAUUGAAAUACACAUAAUAGUUGUAUUUUCAUGUAGUUGUACAUUUUUGCAUGUUAACUGCUAGCAUAGCUUGCUUGCUUAGGCAUAUUGCAUAGCCUAUUUGCAUAUUGUUGCUAGCUGCACCUGCCAGUCAAUCAAUUUCCUCAACCUGCGUGUUUGGUCUUGACCAAAAAUGUAUCUUAGUUUAUUCUUAAUUUUCCGAUCUUGUGUGGGGUGGUGAAAUUUUAGCGAACCAUUUAAACUAUCUUGCUAUUAUCUGUAAUUGUAUUAUUUUAAAGCAUUGUUCAUAGCUAGUUAUCCCAGUUUUGUAUCAGAUAACAAUAUUUGUUUCCAGUAUUAGUUUAACCUUUUUUAACAUAUUUUGCGUAAUACAUGGAUCCUUGUGCCACGCCCACUCUAGUCAGCCUACUCAGUUGUUUUCCACAAAGUGAAAGAAGCCAUACAAAGGCCUUUGAAUGUUAGGGGAAAAUACAGCAUAAGUGUGUGCUGGUACUGAUUUCCACUUUGCUGUCGUCCAGCCCCUAUGACAUCACUGCAGCUGAGAGUGGAGAAGACACACCAGCCUAGUGAGUGACUGCGAGCUGUGGCGGAGGAGAGGGGUCAACAUGGGACUGCACUCAGCCCAGAAGAAACACUUUCCCCUAAAGGGGAUUGAUGGUGUGGUCGCGCUGUUCGACGCGGAGCUCCGUAAACCCGAACCGGACCUGGCCCUUCUCUCAUUGGUCCUGGGCUUCGUUGAACACUUCCUGGCUGUGAACCGGGUCAUACCAAUAAACGUCCCGGGGGUGCGCUUCGAGCCGCUGGAGCCAGACUGUCCAAACUCCUGCUUCCCCACAGUGGAGUUAGGGAUGCUGUCAGCCCUACGUGAGCGUUUCACUGCCCAGAUCCGGGGCGCAGUGGAUCUAUCCCAGUACCGCAGCCCAUCCGGCGGAUCCAGCAGGGAACUGGUGAAGAAGGUGUCUGACGUCAUCUGGAACAGCCUGAGCCGUUCCUACUUUAAGGACCGUGCCCACAUCCAGUCCCUCUUCAGUCUCAUCACUGGUAGGGGUUGGGGUAUUAUGUGGGUACAUAGGUGAUCAUAUCAUACAUCAUAUUCUAUGAUGAAUGUGAUAAGGUAUAUAGAAUAUGAUGAGGUAUUGCAUCGCUAACAGUAUUUCUUAGGAAACAUGUACUCCUGAGUGGCGCAGUGGUCUAAGGCACUGCAUCGCAGUGCUAACUGUGCCACUAGAGAUCCUGGUUCGUAUCCAGGCUCUGUCGCAGCCGGCCGCGACCGGGAGACUCAUGGGGCGGCGCACAAUUGGCCCAGCGUCGUCCAGGGUAGGGGAGGGAAUGGCCGGCAGGGAUGUAGCUCAGUUGAUAGAGCAUGGCGUUUGCAACGCCAGGGUUGUGGGUUCGAUUCCCACGGGGGGCCAGUAUAAAAAAAUAUAUAAAAAAAUAUGUAUUCACUAACUGUAAGUCGCUCUGGAUAAGAGCGUCUGCUAAAUGACUAAAAAAUGUAAAAAAUGUAAAUAUUUAUUUCUAUAUAUAUAUACAGUGAGGGAAAAAAGUAUUUGAUCCCCUGCUGAUUUUGUACGUUUUCACACUGACAAAGACCUGAUCAGUCUGUAAUUUUAAUGGUAGGUUUAUUUGAACAGUGAGAGACAGAAUAACAACAACAAAAUCCAGAAAAACGCAUGUCAAAAAUGUUAUAAAUUGAUUUGCAUUUUAAUGAGGGUAAUAAGUAUUUGACCCCUCUGCAAAACAUUACUUAGUACCGUAUUUUCCGCACUAUAAGGCGCACCGGAUUAUAAGGCGCACCUUCAAUGAAUGGCCUAUUUUAGAACUGUUUUCAUAUAUAGGGCGCACCGGAUUAUAAGGCGCAUAGAAUAGAAGAUACUGUAGUCAAACGAAUUGACUGGGGUUGCGUUAUGCAUCCACUAGAUGGAGCUGUGCUAAAAGGAAUGUCAACAAAACAGUCAGAUAAAGUCAAACUUUAUUAAGCGUUCUGACAACUCCGUUCACUCCCAUGGUAAUGUUGUUCAAACGUUAAUGUGCAUAUUAACAAUAUCUCCCAGCCUUGCUCACUCUUCUCCCAAACGUGGAGGGGAACCUUUCCCUGAUUCAGUAAACACGUAGUAAAAGAAACAGUCUGAUACCACUAAAUCAAACGUUAGUGCAUAACUCAACAUUGUUCAGUUACAUAUAACACGUAAAGCUCACUUUUUCAGUUCAUUCCCCAUCCACGAACCCCUCGAAUUCUUCUUCUUCAGUGUCCGAAUUGAACAGUUGGGCGACUACGGCAUCCAACCUGCCCGGCUCCCUCUCGUCAUUAUCAGAGUCAGUGUCGCUGCUGUUGCCUGGCAGUUCAGAGAUUAUUCCUGCCUUCGUGAAAGCUUUGACCACAGUUGAGACCGAUAUAUCAGCCCAGGCAUCCACGAUCCAUUGGCAGAUAGUGGCGUAAGUCGCCCGGCGCUGUCUCCCCGUCUUGGUGAACGUGUGUUCGCCUUCUGUCAUCCACUGCUCCCACGCAGCUCGCAGUCUAGCUUUGAACGCCCUGUUGACACCAAUAUCUAGCGGCUGGAGUUCUUUAGUUAAUCCACCCGGAAUGACGGCAAGCUCCGAAUUAGUUUGCUUCACUUGUUUUUUGACAGCAUCGGUGAUAUGGGCGCGCAUUGAGUCGUAGAUCAAUAGGGACGGAGCUGUGUGGAAAAAGCCACCCGGUCUCUUGACGUAAAUUUCUCUCAGCCACUCACUCAUCUUUUCCUCAUCCAUCCAUCCCUUCGGGCUAGCUUUGAUGACGACGCCGGCUGGAAAGUUCUCUUUUGGCAAGGUCUUCCUCUUGAAAAUAAUCAUGGGUGGAAGUUUCUGGCCAUUAGCCUGGCAGGCGAGAACUACAGUGAAGGAUGACUUCUCAUUCCCUGUGGUACGUACAGACACCGUACUGGUCCCCGUUUUCUCCACAGUGCGGUUCACGGGAAUAUCAAAGGUGAGUGGAACCUCGUCCAUGUUGGUGAUGUGCUCUGGCCGGAUCUUCUUUUCAGUGAUCUUCUUUUUGCAGUAUGCGCGGAAAGUGACCAGCUUUUCUUGGUAAUCUUUUGGCAGUUGCUGCGAGACGGUAGUUCGUGUGCGGAUGGAGAGAUUACGUCUUUUCAUAAAACGAAAGCACCAAGAAGGACCGCCUCGAAAUUCAUCGAUUGUCAUGUCCCGUGCUAGCGCUGUUGCCUUCAUUCGAAUAGUGACUGUAGAGACGCUUCUACUUGCUGCUCUCUGUUCAACAACCCACUGUUCGAGUUUGUCCUCUAACUGUGGCCCUCUCGCUUUGUUCCCGCGGAAACUCUGUUUAGUCUUCUUUACUUGGCGCAGGUCAUCUUCUUGCUUCCUCCACUUCCGUACCAUUGAUUCAUUAAUGUUGAAUUCUCUCGCUGCUGCUCUAUUGCCAUAUUCUACUGCAUGACCGACAGCCUUGAGCUUGAACUCUGCGUCGUAAGCGUGUCUCUUGAAAGGUGCCAUUUUGGGGUCUUUAUACACACACAAGUGGUGUGGGACUGUGAGUAAGCACAAUACCGGUGUGUACUGGCUACCGUAAUGCUGCAAGUGGUGCGGCUUUGUAGUUUACCAGUCGUACUGAAACAUUUCAUUAUUAUUAAAUUGUUUUUAUUGGUUUUUCAUACUGAAACAUUUUGACAGAGCACCUUGAGCGCCGUGUACAACCAGUAUGGAUCAACCAAUUAACCAAUUGAUCCAUAUAUAAGGCGCUCCGAAUUAUAAGGCGCACUGUCGUUUUUUGAGAAAAUUAAAGGCUUUUAAGUGCGCCUUAUAGUGCGGAAAAUACGGUACUUGGUGGCAAAACCCUUGUUGGCAAUCAGAGGUCAGACGUUUCUUGUAGUUGGCCACCAGGUUUGCACACAUCUCAGGAGGGAUUUUGUUCCACUCCUCUUUGCAGAUCUUCUCCAAGUCAUUAAGGUUUCGAGGCUGACGUUUGGCAACUCGAACCUUCAGCUCCCUCCACAGAUUUUCUAUGGGAUUAAGAUCUGGAGACUGGCUAGGCCACUCCAGGACCUUAAUGUGCUUCUUCUUGAGCCACUCCUUUGUUGCCUUGGCCGUGUGUUUUGGGUCAUUGUCAUGCUGGAAAACCCAUCCACAACCCAUUUUCAAUGCCCUGGCUGAGGGAAGGAGGUUCUCACCCAAGAUUUGGCCCCGUCCAUCAUCCCUUUGAUGCGGUGAAGUUGUCCUGUCCCCUUAGCAGAAAAACACCCCCAAAGCAUAAUGUUUCCACCUCCAUGUUUGACGGUGGGGAUGAUGUUCUUGGGGUCAUAGGCAGCAUUCCACCUCCUCCAAACACAGCAAGUUGAGUUGAUGCCAAAGAGAUCGAUUUUGGUCUCAUCUGACCACAACACUUUCACCCAGUUCUCCUCUGAAUCAUUCAGAUGUUCAUUGGCAAACUUCAGACGGCCCUGUAUAUGUGCUUUCAUGAGCAGGGGGACCUUGUGGGCGCUGCAGGAUUUCAGUCCUUCACGGCGUAGUGUGUUACCAAUUGUUUUCUUGGUGACUAUGGUCCCAGCUGCCUUGAGAUCACUGACAAGAUCCUCCCGUGUAGUUCUGGGCUGAUUCCUCACCGUUCUCAUGAUCAUUGCAACUCCACGAGGUGAGAUCUUGCAUGGAGCCCCAGGCCGAGGGAGAUUGACAGUUCUUUUGUGUUUCUUCCAUUUGCGAAUAAUCGCACCAACUGUUGUCACCUCACCAAGCUGCUUGGCGAUGGUCUUGUAGCCCAUUCCAGCCUUGUGUAGGUCUACAAUCUUGUCCCUGACAUCCCUCGAGAGCUCUUUGGUCUUGGCCAUGGUGGAGAGUUUGGAAUCUGAUUGAUUGCUUCUGUGGACAGGUGUCUUUUAUACAGGUAACAAGCUGAGAUUAGGAGCACUCCCUUUAAGAGUGUGCUCCUAAUCUCAGCUCGUUACCUGUAUAAAAGACACCUUGGAGCCAGAAAUCUUUCUGAUUGAGAGCGGGUCAAAUACUUAUUUCCCUAAUUAAUUUUUUUGUUGUUAUUCUGUCUCUCACUGUUCAAAUAAACCUACCAUUAAAAUUAUAGACUGAUAAUUUCUUUGUCAGUGGGCAAACGUAUAAAAUCAGCAGGGGAUCAAAUACUUUUUCCCCUCACUGUAUGUAUGUGUAUGUAUGUAUAUAUAUAUACUUUUUUUAUAUAAUAUGGGUUGGGGAUAGGGUGGGGCCGCCAGGGGUAUGUUUCGAAUAGGUGUGGGUGGGAGGGUGUGUAGGUUUUUUUUUUUUUUUUUUUUUUUACGGUAAAAGUGUCAUGUUUUAUUUAUGUGAUUUGUAUUGCCCUUGUGACCCAGUAAAAACAAUUGUUCACAAAAAGGAAGCAUGUUGUAUAGUUAUGCAAAAAUACAAGGACGUUUUGUCUGAAGGAGGGUAAUGCUAUUACUAACUCAAACCUAUUACUUUUCUUUACUUCGAACAGGCACAAAGCUGGAUAGCUCUGGGGUGGCGUUUGCGGUGGUGGCAGCGUGCCAGGUUCUGGGGCUGCGGGACGUGCACCUGGCCCUGUCCGAGGACCACGCCUGGGUCAUCUUUGGCAAGAACGGAGAGGAGACAGCCGAGGUCACCUGGCACGGCAAGGGCAACGAGGACCGGAGGGGGCAGACAGUUGCCGCCGGUGUCGGUGAGAGGGUAAGUAAGGUACAGAGAUAUUUCCACUCCUUGCAGAAACAUGACAUUAUAAUAACAUGCGCUCUCACACACCUUUUUAAUAUAGCUACAUAUCAACUACAUAGAACUGCUGUUCAACACACACACACACUCCUCUCACCUUGAACUUGUAAACACAGUACAACACCUCUCAACCCUAACCCCCAUCUCUCCCCUGUCCCCCAGAGCUGGCUGUACCUGAAGGGCUCCUAUAUGAAGUGUAACAGGAACAUGGAGGUGGCCUUCAUGGUGUGUGCCAUCAACCCCUCACUGGACCUGCACACUGACAGCUCUGAGAUGCUACAGCUUCAACAGGUCAGACCACCAUCAGUACUAGAUGUACACUAGCACAUUGGGGAUAGUAAGUGUGAUAUAAUGAAUAUUGUAAGGGGGGAGUUUCACCUGAAACACACCUGUUGGCAUCAUCAAAGACCAAGACAUCAAGCUGGCUGGAACAGUAGUUUAUAUUUACCUCAAAUGCUUCCUCUGUGUUGUCCUCUGUCUCUCUCUCUGAUCUGUCUGUCUGUCUCUCUCUCUGAUCUUUUUCCUACACAGAGGCUUCUAUGGCUGCUCUAUGAGCGAGGAGACCUGGAAAGGUGAUAGUUUUUUGGUACAUUUCAAAAGCUUGCUGAAAGACUCAAUUGUUUUGAAGUGUUGUGGUGAAAAUGCCUCUUGGUUACAUCCAAAUUAAUUAUUUUCUGUUGUAAGCAUGUUACUAUUCUGUCGUAUCAACCAACUCGCUCUUUUCCCUUGCCGUGCCACAGAUACCCCAUGGCCAUGGGAACCUUGGCAGACCUGGAGGACCAGGAGCCCAUCCCUGGCAAAGAGAACCCACACACCAUCCACCUUAAAGUGAGUUUGUGGCUCUGUACACCAACAUUGAAACUACAACAAGCUGUAACAUUUUGACUGAAAUGUCGUCUUAACAAAAUAAUUUAUGAGAGAUAAUUUCAUUGGCACGUUUGAGGAGUAAUUCAUACCUUGCAUGUAUGUAUGUGUGUUUUGUUUCCAGGCUGUGAACUCUGCUAAGAAGUACUACAACAACGAGCACAUCUACCCCUUCAUGUACCUGGCUGGCUACCACUACAGGUCCGGGGAGGUCCGGGAGGCACUGGGGGCCUGGGCCGAGGCUGCACAGGUCAUGCAGGAGUAUGUUACCGGGGCAACUAGCCUAGCUACCUUCUCUAUGCGCCUUACACUGCUGCUCUGUGUCAACUAUCUGUGUCUUACGGUAAAACGUAUGUUUGGCCCAGAGAAAUAACCUUUGGCAUCAUUCGUUUAAGUGUCCCUUCGCUAACGUAAUGCCUUAUUGAUUCUUUAUGUAAUGAAAAGAGCUAUAAAAGAUACAAAUUAUUAUUACAUUAUUAUUGAAACCAUGGAUGCUGAGGCAAAGCCUGUUGACCAUCUCUUGCUGAGGUACGCAGUGACAAUUUACACCAGUUGCUGUUUCACCUUUCUGACAGCAGAGGGCAGCAGAUGCCUCGCUGUAAUGUUAGGGUGUUAGUUACCUCAUUAAAUGACAUUGUCAUUUCAGGCUAGCUUGAGAUUUUAUGACAUUAUACUCAUUAUAUUGCAUGCACAUAUUCUAGGGGCAUAAUUUAGUCUGACUAACAGGGUGUGGGUAGCCUAAAUACGAUCGCAGGGAACUUCCCUCCAGCGUUGGCUCUGGUCCUCGUGGGGCUGUAAACCUGCACUUUACUCGCACUUAAACACUGUUCAUCAGCCUGCCAGGGCUAAAAAUACUGACCGACCCAAUCACAGGGAACAGGCGACGGGCCGAUUCCUCCCGUUUCUUUCUCUCUCUGUCUGUCUCUCCGUCUCCUCUAGGAUAUGUGCACCAGGCACGCGCAGAGUGCCAAGUCAGUACAUUCCCUCUCCUCUCUCGACACUUCUUUACCUCUCUGCCUUUCCUGUUUCACCCAUUGUUCUUCAGUCUCGGCUCCCUCCGCUUGCUGUCACGACAACAAGGAACAUGGCGUGUGAUCUACAAACAUAUACAUAACAUGAAGUUUUUGAGUAUAUUCUAUCAUGUUUUUGGUUUUCUGCCAAAAAGAAGAGAUACAAGUGUUCACACCAUUUAAUAUCCCUUUUACUGCGUACGUGGAAAAUAAAUAACAUUACUAUUUAAUUCAUGAAAGGUCAUCACGAACUGACACUUGAAAAAAUAAAAUUAAAAAAAAUCCCACCUCGUGAGCUUUAUAACAAUGUGUGAUGAUCUCAACUGUGUACUUGUUCUCCCACCCCCCUCCCCCCAGCUACAACUACUUUCGCGAGGACGAAGAGAUCUAUAAGGAGUUUUUCGACAUCGCCAACGACGUCAUCCCCACCCUGCUGAAGGAGACGGCUGCAGCUGCUGAGAGCGGAGGGGAAGGAGGAGAAAAGGUCAUUACUAGUGGAAUUUUACAUCUCAGUUUAAUCUCAUGUCCCAGAGUGAUGCAUUAAUAAUAGCUCAUAUUACAGCUAAUGUCUUUCAUUGAUGUAUUGAAUGGACCCCUUUCAUCUAACUUCCCCCUCUAUCUAUUCUCUGCUCAUUUCCUUUGUAUUUCCAUUCGUUUCUCUCUCUACCUCUCUCUCUCUACCUCUGUACCUCUCUCUCUCUACCUCAGGACCAGCCCAUACAGGCCUCGGCCCUCCAGGACCCAGAAUGCUUUGCCCACCUGUUGCGGUUCUAUGACGGUAUCUGUAAGUGGGAGGAGGGAAGCCCCACCCCCGUCCUCCACGUGGGCUGGGCCACCUACCUGGUCCAGUCCCUCAGUCGCUUUGACGCACAGGUAAUCACACCACCACAAGCCUGAACUAUCCCUUUAAAGUCAACCCUAUUCACUUUAAAGGGAUAUUCCCCUCAAAAUAGAACCUAUUUAACCCACAAACCUGGAACAUCCCUUUUAAAACACUUAUUAUAUCCUUGUUCACUGUUACAUCCUCCACAGAUCCGUCAAAAAGUGUCAAUCAUCACCAAAGAGCCGGAGCCCCAGGACGACGACGACCAAUCCAGCGAGGACCCCCGCGAGGGGCGAAGACGUGGCCCGAGACGCGAGUCCAAACUGGAAGACCAAGCUUCCCCUCCUACCCAAUCCACCCCCACCACCACCCCUGUCCCACCACCAACCCAGCCCGCCCAGGCCAAGAAAAUAGGUGGCGAGGGCGGGACGCGGCGUCGCUCCUCAGGGCUCCGCGGCGGAGACCCAGAAGGCAAGGCCAAGUCCCCCAGCCCGGUGCCCUCUCCUGCCCAACAGCUGCCCUCCCCCAGCGUGGGUCCCCUGGUGGCCUUCCAGAGCAAGAAGAUGAAAGGCAUGAAGGAGCUGCUGUCUGCAGCCAAGAUCAACUCCAGCGCCAUCAAGCUGCAGCUCACCGCCCAGUCACAGGUGCAGAUGAAGAGGCAGAAGAGCACGCCGUCGGGAGACUACACCAUGUCAUUCAUGAAGCGCCAGCGCAAAUCUCUGUAGAAGGAGGACUUUCUCUAGCCUGGUUCCCAGGUCUGGUUGUGUUGUAUAGCCAACUCUUAUGGUCAUUGUCAUGGGAGUUGUCUAUACCGCACAAACAGAUCUGUGAACCAGGCUAGAGUUUCUCUCCAUUGGGAGAAAAACGAAGGGAGACUGUCUGUAGGACCGACUGUGAGAGGCAAGGCAAUACAAACAAAACUGCUGCAUCUGCGAUUUGCUGAGUUUAUUUUAGCAAUCAUAUCAUAAGCCCUGAUAAGGUCAUAAGAAGGUCGGUAAGCACAUGACACACGUGUACAUGUGGAGGUAGUCACUUUAAUCAAGUUUGAACAGAAUUGUUGAUCAAGUCGUUCUUUUUAAUCUUGUGAUUCAAUAAUG